CUCCGUGGUCGUACUCGUCACUACUCGAUGAGUCGAUGAUCGAUCACACACUCGAUUCUGUGCAGUGUUAUAAAUUAUUAUUAUCUAAAAAAAUAAUAUCAGGGCAAAACAACUAAAUGAUAAAGUAUUGUAAUAAGAUGGUUUUUUUACUUAUUAAGUUGAGCCAAGGAAACAUUUCAGUAUAGGCAGUAUAGAAGAAUUACCUAGUUCGGGAAUAAUAAAAUACGUUAAAGUCAUAUAAUAAUUAUAUAUGAACUUAAUGAAGUAACUAAUAAAAUGUAUUGGACUUUACACACUCAUGGUGGACCUCGGAGGGUGAAUCACGCAGCAGCCCAGGUUGGUGACAAAAUAUACUCCUUUGGGGGUUAUAGUUCAUUUGAAGAAUACCGACUCUGGGAGCCAAUAUCAGUACAUGUUUUAGACACAAUGGUAUACAAAUGGACUCCUAUAGAAUAUGGCAACUUGACUGAAGCACCAUUCCAGCGGUAUGGGCACACUUGUGUCGCAUAUGGAGACAAGAUUUAUCUAUGGGGUGGACGUAAUUAUGAAGAACCUUGCGACAUAGUCUAUUGUUUUGAUACUAAGGAACUUACAUGGAGCACUCCUCUGGUAACAGGAAGAAUACCUAAUGGAAAAGAUGGUCAUUCAGCAUGUAUUGUCAAUAAUAAAAUGUAUAUAUUUGGAGGAUUUGACUACACUACUGAUGAAUAUACAAAUGACUUGCACUAUUUAAAUCUACAUUCUAUGGAAUGGUGUGAUGUGUGUGUAAAAGGGAGUCCACCAGUAGGGAGGGAUUUUCAUACUGCAUUAGCAUAUGGGGAUCGACUGUACAUUUUUGGAGGCCGAUCAGAGUUAUAUAGGGCACAAAAUAUUGAACAAGAGUAUUACUGUGAUCUAGUCUAUUAUUUUGAUACUGUAACAGAAACAUGGGUAAAAGUUAAGGCAAGUGGAGUGAAACCAGAUGGAAGACGGAGUCAUUCAAGUUGGAUACAUAACGAUUAUAUGUACAUUUUUGGUGGGUAUAAUAACAGACUAAAAGCACAUUACAAUGACAUACAUCGAUUUUCAUUGUUAAGUAAUCAUUGGGAAUUUAUUAAUGUUUAUGGCACACCGCCAUGUAAAAGAAGACGGCAGGUGUGUAUUCUGUAUAAUGACAAAGUAUACCUAUUUGGAGGAACGAGUCCAACAGAACAUUUAUUAGAAAAAAAUGGCGAUGAAAGUGAGGAUGAGGAACGAGUUUUGGAUAAGGAUGACCUACAUUUGUUAGAAUACUUACCAUCCCUUAAAGUACUCUGUAUAAUGUACAUAAACAAAAACAAAAUGAAUACUGCAGACCUUCCAAAUGAUUUAUUAGUUGAUAUCCAAAUAAUGACAGAGCCUAACAAAAUAAGCAAACCUAUUGAAGUACUAACGAAUUUGUUAAUGUUAUAAUGGAUAAUUCAAAGGCAAAUUAAGUUUCACAUCCCUCAGGUCGUUGGGACGAAUCACUGCUGUACCGAUAGAAAUUUCAGCUGAAACAUCGACAACGUCAGGCACAGAAGGGUGUAAGAAGAUUAUCAAGAAACUGAUAUAAUUUCUGUUUUAAUUUAUACAUUAGUAUUAUGAUCUGUCUCUGUGUGAAUUUUAAUUUUGUAUGUAAUAAGUAUUUGACCGAGAUCUUAAAUUGAUUAUAAAUCAAUGAAGCUCUCUCAUACUUUAUUUAAAACAAAAAAAUAUUGUAUAUCAUGAAUUUAAGCGUGAAUGAAUAAAGCAUGAAUAAAUCUUCAUAAAACACUAAAUCAGUCUGUCUAACGCCCAAACUUAAUAACCUAUCUCAAUCCAUUUUUGACCAGCUGAGAUAGACAUGUUGAUCCAAAUAUUGUAAAAAGUAUGCCAAUAAUCAAGCGACGGAUUGUAAUAGCCAUCUGUCGAUAAAAGCUGUCCAUGGUAGGAUCGGCAUCUGUUGAUAGACCUUUGUAUGAAAAUGACAGUUCAACUGUGCCAAUAUCCUAAUUUAAUUUUUUUUAAUGUCGCCAAAAAUGGAUUGGGUUUGGUUAUUGGGAUGCAGCUAGGAGAUCGAUUGACUGUCACGGUCUGACAAUCUGAGAUUGUGGAUACAUUAUUGGGUUUCGUCGUUAAACGAUAGAGGACUUUACUUGGGGAACGCAAUAAGACUGAUUUAUUUAUGUUCUGAAAUAUUUAUUUAUAAAUCGUUUCUGAAAUGUGUAUAAAUGUCGCAGCCUGUAGCUUUAAGAAUGUUACGCAGCUUACAGUCCAUUUUUGUGUCCUAUCUUUAAAUUAUCUUACCGUUACCAAUUGGAAGAUUGUUUUAUAGGUAUAAAAUUUGAAUUUUUGCUCUUACGUAUAUAGGUUAGCGUUAAGUAUUUAUAUUUUCAAAACAACAACAUUUAAGUCCAUAAUUGUCUGAAAAGCAGCCUUAUUAUUAAGAUUUUGAAUGCUUAUAUAACAUAUAAGUAUAUGUUUGGUGGACUCAGUUUCUGCACUUAGUCGCUUAUAAGGUCCGUUCUGCGUACAGUCCUGGCUAAUAAACCUAGCCGAAGAAGGGAGUACAGAGCUGUUCGCAUUAUUCUUCCCCGUCCACACUGUCGCUGGGUAUCUCGCUUAUGGGAUACUACGGCCGAUUGACCGAUUGACUAUGGACAGCUAAUCUACGGCCUCCUGACUUGGGCUCACUUCGCUACUCAACCUCUAGGACUCCUUCAUCACCGGUAUGGGUGAUCGCGCACGGCGCAUUUGAUGGCCACUGUCCUUCCAUUUCGGACGCUGGACAGGUCCACGCCAUCUCUGCAAUAGUUCGCUUGGUGGUUUUUGUUGCGUUUGUGUGUGUACAAUUACAUAUGGUAGACCAAGAACAUGGUCGGCAAACCUCGGGAAAGCGAGUCCACUAAGAGGUCUGAACGACCUGCGCUAGUUUCAACGCCACGCCCCCAUCAGAAGUAUGUAGUAUGGUAGGCCUACGCCUAUGCUACCACGCGAUGCUAGCAUGUCGUGCUGGGAAUCGUAGAAGCAUAGGCCCAGACCUCACCCCUAAGUAUGCUUUAAGUGUUUCUUUUGUAAUUAGUAGUAAACGUAAAUUGUCUUCUUAAUAAUUGAUAAAUGUUUUAGUUAUAAUAGCAGAAGAUAGAUGGAGCUUUUGUAAUAAGGUAGUAUGUAAAUAAAUACUUCAAACGUUUUGGAUGUUAUAAUAAAUCUUAUAGUAACGAAUAUACAUUACAGGCAUAUUGCAUAUGUCAUUUUAAAAUUUAUCCAGAUAAUCUAACUGUAAAAAGGUCAGGUUGCCAUGUUUCCGGCCGUAAUAUAUGAAUAUUAUUUCUUAAUAUUAAUAAAUUAUUGGAAA